CGCCUCCUUCGCGCCUCGACGCCUCGCGUGGAAGGAAAGCAGGAAGGAAAGAAGGAAGGAAGGAAAGGAGGAAGGAAGCAGGACAGCACCCCGCGAACAUGGAAAGGACCCUCGUCUUCCUUUGGUCCCUGCUGGUCCCAGUGAUGCUGGCGGAUGUCACUGACCAAGAAAAGGAGAAGGACCCCUUCACCUAUGACUACCAGACCCUCCGGAUCGGUGGCCUGGUCUUUGCCGUGGUCUUCUUCACCGUCGGGAUUCUGCUCAUCCUGAGCAGGCGGUGUAAGUGCAGCUUCAACCAAAAGCCAAGGGCUCCUGGAGAUGCAGAGGCACCUGGGGAAAAUCUGAUUGCCUCCAAUGCCACCGGAGCACAAAAAGCCGAGAACUGAACACAAGCCAUGAGACCCAGAGACCCAGCGACGGACUCACGGACCCCUCGCCCCCGAUGCCCCUCCGCGUGGAGGAGAGUGGUGCUGCGGAGGCGCAGGGGGGGCGGACCGCUCCCUGCCUCGCAUCGCCCCUCUCUCUCAGUGUGCCCCCUCCCCACGGAACAGCGCCCCCUCCUCUCCCCUCCCUCCCCAUGCCAGUGCUAUCCGCCCUGUGAUGUUCAUCCGUGGUGAUUGUGGCCUCCACUUUGCUGUCGUCGUGUGAGUCUGUCGCUCCUUGCCAGCCUUGUGCCCUUGUGACAUGGUGGUGGUGCGCUGCCCUUGGAGGAGAGGAGGGAGGGA